AAAAAUGAUUUUUGUUGUGUUGUCCGGACAUUUGAGGGCCGGAUUUUGCUACCUGUGGCUUCUUACUCCCUUCGUUUUUAAAUAAUUAUAAUUAAGUUAAACUAUAAUUAUUUUGAUACAUAGGGAGUAGAUGCUAUGAUAAACCAAGACUGCCUCUAAACGCUUUUCGUAAAAAUAAAAAAAAGUUGGGUGCGGCGCUUUUGGCACCUACCAGCACUCACGUCGCACAGUCACGUCUGGCUGUGCAGAGGAGAGCAGAGCAGCGCAGCGCAGGACAGGGCAGGCUCGCGUGGACGGCACGCCACGGCCACUGGUGCCGUGCCGGUGCGGGUGCCAGUGCCACGCUCUCAGGUGAGGCCCAAACAAAGGGAAGAAGAGAAGAGCGCCAGGGUCGGCCGGCCUUGCCGCGCGCACUGCAUGCAUGCAGAUGCAGUGCAACGGCUAAAAUUGGCGCGACCCCUCUCCGCAACACGCGCCACAGUUCUCCUCGCUUUCUCCUCCCCUCUCCCCUCCGUCUCCCCACCUUCCAAAUUUACGUCCGCCCACCAGCAGCCUCGCAUCGGGCGGUGGUGCCAUCACCGGUGCGCGCAAUGGCGUCGUCGUCGGAGGGGUACGUGGACGUGCCGCUCGGCGGCGAGCAGCCGCCGCAGCAGCAGCAGCAGCAGCACUCGGGGCCGGUGAUGAGGAAGCAGCCGUCGCGGCUGGCGUCCGGGAUGAAGCGGCUGGCGUCGCGGGUGACGUCCAUCCGGGUGCCCGACUCGGUCAUGGGCCUCAAGCGCACGCACUCCAGCGCGCAGCCGGCGCUCAAGGGCCUCCGGUUCCUCGACAAGACCGCCGCCGGCAAGGACGGCUGGAAGUCCGUCGAGAAGCGCUUCGACGAGAUGAGCGCCGACGGCCGCCUCCAUCAGGAGAACUUCGCCAAGUGCAUCGGCAUGGCGGAUUCCAAGGAAUUCGCAGGCGAGGUGUUCGUGGCCAUGGCAAGGAGAAGGAAGAUCGAACCGGAUCAAGGAAUCACCAAGGAGCAGCUCAAGGAGUUCUGGGAGGAGAUGUCUGACAACAACUUCGAUGCACGGCUGCGCAUAUUCUUUGACAUGUGCGACAAGAACGGCGAUGGGAAGCUCACAGAAGAUGAGGUCAAAGAGGUCAGUAAACAAACCACCGUCUUGGGAUCUGCCUGCCAGACCCUACAGAUUUCAGAGUUUUCAUUCCAUGCGCAGAUCAUUGUGCUGAGCGCCUCGGCAAACAAGCUUGCCAACCUGAAGAAACAUGCCGCCACCUACGCCUCGCUCAUCAUGGAAGAGCUGGACCCCGAUGGCCGCGGUCACAUUGAGAUUUGGCAGCUGGAGAAGCUACUCCGUAAGAUGGUGAUGGCCGAUGGGUCACAGGAUCAGAUGGACCAGGCGUCAACCAGCCUCGCCAAGACAAUGGUUCCGUCCAGUCACAGGAGCCCAAUGCAGAAACGGAUCCACACGACCGUCGAACUCAUCCACGAGAACUGGAAGAGGAUAUGGGUCCUGACGCUGUGGGGGAUCGCCAACUUUGGCCUCUUCAUGUUCAAGUUCAUACAGUACAGGAACCGGGAAGUCUUCGAGGUGAUGGGCUACUGUGUCUGCAUCGCCAAGGGUGCCGCCGAGACGACCAAGCUGAACAUGGCCCUCAUACUCCUCCCAGUGUGCCGAAACACGCUGACAUCACUCCGAUCAACCGUGCUCAGCACCGUCGUACCAUUUGACGACAACAUAAACUUCCACAAGGUUAUUGCGCUCGCAAUUGCAAUUGGAGCGAGUAUGCAUACGAUUGCUCACCUGACCUGCGACUUCCCAAGGCUGGUCUCCUGCCCAAGUGACAAGUUCCAGCAGACGCUGGGGCCCUUCUUCAACUAUGUUCAACCAACAUGGGGAACUCUGGUCACGAGCACUCCAGGGUGGACUGGUAUCCUCCUCAUCCUCAUAAUGUCCUUCUCCUUCACACUGGCGACGCACUCCUUCAGGAGGAGCGUCGUGAAGCUGCCAUCGCCACUGCACCACCUGGCUGGCUUCAAUUCCUUCUGGUAUGCCCACCACCUGCUGGUGUUUGCAUAUAUCCUUCUGGUGAUGCACUCCUACUUCUUAUUCCUCACCAGAGAGUGGUACAAGAAAACGGGAUGGAUGUACAUAGCGGUUCCUGUUAUCUUCUAUGCCAGCGAGAGAGCUACCAGAAGAGUCCGUGAGAAGAAUUAUGGAGUGACCGUCAUCAAGGCAGCAAUUUACCCAGGAAAUGUUCUCUCUCUUUACAUGAAGAAGCCAUCAAAUUUCAAAUACAAAAGUGGGAUGUACCUCUUUGUAAAAUGCCCAGACGUUUCGCCUUUUGAAUGGCAUCCCUUCUCCAUCACCUCUGCACCUGGAGACGACUACUUGAGUGUACAUAUCCGCACAUUAGGUGACUGGACAACAGAACUAAGGAACCUAUUUGGGAAGGCCUGUGAAGCAGAAGUCAGUUCCAAGAAGGCUACACUUUCAAGACUUGAAACCACAGUUAUAGCAGAAGGUCCGGAAGAGAAUACUAGAUUCCCCAAGAUCUUUGUUGAUGGCCCUUUCGGUGCACCAGCUCAAAAUUACAAGAAAUACGACAUCCUUUUUCUUAUUGGCCUUGGAAUUGGUGCAACUCCUUUCAUCAGCAUACUGAAGGAUCUCCUGCAUAACAUAAAGUCCAAUAAAGAGCAGCAAAGCAUGCAUGAUGAGGAGGUAGGCAGCGCCUUCAAGAGCAACGGGCCAAGCCGAGCUUACUUCUAUUGGGUUACCAGGGAACAAGGCUCCUUUGAAUGGUUCAAAGGUGUCAUGAAUGAAGUAGCUGAAUGUGAUAACGAUAAUGCAAUAGAGAUGCACAACUACCUAACCAGUGUGUAUGAGGAAGGAGAUGCGAGGUCAGCUCUGAUUGCCAUGGUUCAGUCGCUUCAACAUGCGAAAAAUGGUUUGGAUAUUGUCUCCGGCAGCAAGAUCCGGACACAUUUUGCAAGGCCAAACUGGAGAAAGGUGUACUCUGAUUUGGCAAAUACCCACAAGAAUGCUCGUAUUGGUGUUUUCUAUUGUGGAUCUCCGACGCUUACAAAAACACUGAGAGAACUUGCAAUAGAAUUCAGCCACACAACAACAACACGGUUCCAUUUCCACAAGGAGAACUUCUAACUUCUGAGGUCAGGCCAACAAGAAAUUCGGUAGCAGCCUAGCAUCGGGUAGCAGUUGUAGCUCUGCAGGUGCCAGAGGGAGCUGGGGCAUAUAUUGGUGUACAGACUAUAUAUAUGGAGUGAGAAGUAUGUGGCGUUAGUUAUAGCUGCUGCCGCGCAUAGAUAGGAGGAGGAAUGCCAUGUAUUUUGUAUUUUCAUUCAUCAGUGAGACUGCUUUUUUAGAAUAACUCAGACCUCGGACAGGCGAUUAUCUCGGUUCAAAAUUGAUCAGAUUGAGUUUGGGGUUGGCUCAAAACUAAAAAUGAGCCAUAUACUCAUUUUUGUUGAAA